AUGAGCGGCAGGCUCGUCACUGCGCGUCUCGCAACGCUUGCGCGCCGUGCCGCCCUGCACACGCCACGCCGGUACACGACGCACUCGCUGCCCGCCGGCGGUCUGCUGCGCAACGAAGCCGGCCUGCGCCUGAUCAAGCGACGGCCGUGGCCCCUCGGCAGCUAUGCGCUGCACAACCUCCCGGCCAUGCGGUCCAUCUCAUUCGCACGAGUAGUCCCGAAGCUCGUUACCAAGCUUGCGACCGCCGGCGCAGCAGCGGGCGGCGCAGUCAUUGCGGGCGUCUCCUAUAUCCAGUACCAGGCCGGCCAGGCUGGGAGCUUCGCCAUCGACCUCUUCGGCCGCGCAAGGGAUGGCGUUGGCAGCGUCGCGGGCGGCGCGCUCGAUUCCGCCAACGGCUUCUUCGCGCAGAUCGACCAGGGCUGGCGCAGCACAAAGGACAGCCUCGAGAAGGCCGACUACCCCGAAUGGGUGCAGAAGCUGCUGGCCGUCGACACGGCUGGCGGCGCUGGCGGCGGCAAUGGCGGCGGACAAGGGCCCGAGGAGCCCAAGCAGAGCGGUGCCGGGGCUGCAGCGGCGGGUGCGUCGACAGCAGCCGCUUUCGGAUACGGCCAGGACGACGAUGACGACAAGCAGGACGCCGAGAAGAUUGCUCGCGACGAGCAGAUGAUGAUGCUCACCAAGAAGAUGAUCGAGAUCCGCGGCCUGCUGCAGACCGUCGGCCAGUCCGACUCGCUGACGCUGCCCUCCAUCGUCGUCAUUGGAUCGCAGUCCUCCGGCAAGAGCUCCGUGCUGGAAGCCAUUGUCGGGCACGAGUUCCUCCCCAAGGGCCACAACAUGGUCACGCGCCGCCCGAUCGAACUCACCCUCGUCAACACACCCGAUGCCCACGCCGAGUACGGAGAGUUCCCCGCAUUGGGGCUUGGGAAGCUCACCGACUUCAGCCAGAUCCAGAGGACGUUGACGGAUCUGAACCUGGCCGUACCGGCGUCCGAUUGUGUUUCUGACGACCCCAUCCAGCUGCGCAUCCACUCGCCGAACGUACCAGACCUUUCGCUGAUUGAUCUGCCUGGGUACAUCCAAGUUGUAGGACGAGACCAGCCCCCAGAGCUGAAGGAGCGCAUUAGCCAGCUGUGCGAGAAGUACAUUCGUGCGCCCAAUGUCAUUCUCGCAAUCUCAGCAGCAGACGUGGAUCUGGCCAACAGCACCGCGCUGCGAGCAUCGAGAAAGGUUGAUCCUCGCGGUGAGCGAACCAUUGGAGUCAUCACGAAGAUGGAUCUUGUCGAGCCUGAGCGCGCUGUGAGCUUACUGAACGAUAAGAAGUACGCCCUGCGCCUAGGCUAUGUGGGCGUUGUAUGCCGCGUCCCAGCCGGUGCAGGAGGCGGCAAGCUGUUCCACCGUGGGAGCGGCAACAUUCAAAACGCCAUUGCCAAGAACGAAAGCGCGUACUUCAGCUCACAUGUCGAAUUCGCGCCCGAGGAGCAUGUCGAAGUUGGCACCAGAAACCUCAAGAAGAAGCUUAUGCAUGUCCUCGAACAGACCAUGGCAGCCAGCCUGAAAACAACAAGCGAAGCAAUUCAACGCGAGCUAGCUGAAGCCACAUACGAGUUCAAGGUACAGUACAACGAGCGUCCACUGAGCGCAGAGUCGUACCUCGCAGAAUCUCUCGACAGCUUCAAGCACUCCUUCCGUGGCUUCACAGAGUCCUUUGGCCGCCGCGAGGUCCGCGAGCUCCUCAAACACGAACUCGACCAGCAAGUCCUCAACCUCCUCGCCCAGCGCUACUGGAACCGCCCCUUCGACGACCUCAGCCCACCCUUCCCGGAAACCGAUCCGCUCAGCAGCCUCGCGAAAGCCGACCCCGAGGGUGAAGACUCGAUCUGGAAGAUCAAGCUCGACAGCUCCAGCGCCGCACUCACAAAGCUGGGUGUCGGCCGUCUGGCAACCAGCGUCGUUGCGAGUGCACUUCAACGGAACAUUGAGUUUCUCAUCGCCAACUCACGCUUCUCUGCGCACCCCUUCGCGCGCCAGGCCAUCACCGAGGCGUCGACGGCUAUCCUCAAGGACCUGAGUUAUGACAUCUCCGAUGAGCUCGAGAUCUGCAUAAAGCCAUACAAGUACCGCAUCGACCUCGAAGACAGCGAGUGGGCCAAGGGCCGCGAGAACGUCACCGCUGUCCUGAAGGAGGAGCUCAAGGUCGCAGAGGCGGCGAGCAAGCGGCUUGAGGAGUUGAUGGGUGGGCGCAAAAAGGUCAAGGACGUCAUGUCUUUCAUUGAUCGCGUGCGCGGCGGACAAGUGGUGCUCGAGGGUGACGGUGUUGGUGGCGCUGGAGGGUUCAGUCAGGCGCUAUUGAGUAAAGGAAGGGAGGCAGUCUUCCUCCGCGACCGCGUCGACAUAAUCAAACUGCGCAUCCUCGCCGUGAAAUCGAAACAAUGCGCCAGCCGCAAGAACAAAUACCACUGUCCCGAAGUGUUCCUCGACGCUGUUGCAGACAAACUCACCACCACGGCCGAUUUAUUCCUCGACGCCGAGCUCCUGUCCAAAUUCUACUACCAGCUCCCCCGCGAGCUCGACGCGAGACUAGGACGCGGACUGAGCCAGGAUGAGAUUGAUCGUUUUGCGCGCGAAGACCCAAAGAUCAAGAGGCAUUUGGAUGUGGUGAGAAGAAAGGACUUGCUUGAGCAUGUACUCAAAGAGAUGGAGGGGCUGAGGCAGCUUGAAGCGCGAGAGAAGAGGGCGGUGAGCAGGAGGGAGGAGAGGGAGAGGAUGAAGAAGCAGGGCGGUGGGUGGAGUCUGUUCUAG